AUGGCUGACAAGGAUCCAUCCCCCGCUGAAGACGCCGCCGCGCGCAAGAAGGAGGCCGAGGAACAGGCUGCGCUGCCUUACAAAUGGACCCAGACCAUCGGCGAGCUGGAUCUCUCCUUCAACGUCCCCGGAAACUACAAGUCGAGAGACCUGGUAGUUGAUAUAAAAAAGACGACGCUGACUGCGGGCGUCAAGGGACAGGAACCCAUCAUAACUGGCGAUCUCCCCCAUGCGAUCCGCGUCGACGACUCUACUUGGACCCUGUCCACCAACUCCGACGGCACCAAGAGCGUAGAAAUCCACCUCGACAAGAUCAACAAGAUGGAGUGGUGGGCACACGUCGUUACCAGCGCACCCACCAUCGACGUCACCAAGAUCCAGCCCGAAAACUCCAAGCUCUCCGAUCUUGACGGCGAGACCAGGGGCAUGGUUGAGAAGAUGAUGUUUGACCAGCGACAGAAGGAGGCUGGCCUGCCGACCUCGGACGAGCAGAAGAAGAUGGAUAUCCUCAAGAAAUUCCAGGAGCAACACCCAGAGAUGGAUUUCAGCAAGGCCAAGAUCCAGUAA